AUGAGAUAUUCAAGUCACAUCAUGGAAGCGUUUAACAUCAGGAAAGUGGUGAAAGAAAUGGUGGAGAGAGUAGUGGGGGACGACGCUGAUGGCUGACUGGAUGAUGUGAUGUUCGGGUGGAAGUAUAAUGAAGCAAUUGCGGCCAAGUUGUGCAAGCCGUUUGACGUGUUCCGCGACUUCAACCUGGAUUAUUGGCUCGAGAACUACAAGGAGGAGGACUGUCACUGCAAUAGAGAAGGGAACGCGAACUUUCGCAAUGAAUGCACCUUCCAGCUGGACCCCAGCGCCAAGCGAGCGCACGUCGUCACCAUGGAUACCACCAUCUCCGACAACCCGAAGCUCAGAGCGAUGAUGAACAAGGGACUCAACCACAUCCCCAUAAAGACAAUGGACAUCAACGAAGCAGCGGGAGAGGUAAACGGCCUACUAGACAAGCGCUUCGAGAAGCACGUGGACAUCAAGGACAUACCGGAGAAGCAGAAGAGAAGGUGCAGAAGGUUGGUCGAGGAGAAAAUCAGACAGAGGAUGAGAACCUUCUUGGGAUUCAGGAGGCACGUGGUAGCAGAGCCAAUCGACAGCGAGCAAGUGAGAAGGGAAAUCGAAAUGAUCACCGACAAGUUCCUGAUAACCCCAACGGACAAGGCAGCCAACACCGCAUCGUUUGUAUGUGUAAACUUCAUCAGGACCCUUGCACUUCAGAGGCUAUCUGGCCUCGACUUUGCUAAGAGCGAUGAGUUACCUUACUCCAUAGCCGCGAGAUUGAAGGAGGAGCUGCGUCACCUGGAACCAAUGCAAGUCAACAGCAGGGAUCUGCCGUACAUAAUGACCGUGUACAAAGCACACAAGAACUCAUUCAGAUGAAUUACGAACACAGCCGGCUCCGUCCUCUCACCUAUGGCGAACCUAUGAGCAUGUCUGCUCAGGUUCCUGGUUGAGAGCGUGCAAGCGUUCUGCAAUGAGCAAGCCGAG